GCAGUUUAAACAGUGCAGCGUUUGAGAAGAGAAGGACUUCCAGCACAGGAGCACACUCCCCAACCUUCCACAUACCCAUCCUGCUGCCUACAGCUCCUGUUCUCAGUAAUCUCCCCCCUCCCCACAGACAGCCACACCGCACAGACCUGGGUCACUCUUCCUAUCGGGGUGAAAGGCACGUGGCCAGAGGCUCGGGAGGAAGAGGUGAGGGGACAGAGAAGACAGAUCCAUAACCGGCUGCAUUUGGGGGAGAUCCGCUGACAGACAAGCCCAGGUGCUAGGAGGGUGUGAGCCUGAGAAGAAUUCCAAAAACAGCUGUCCCGCAGGCGUCCCGAGAAAUAGCCUGUCGCCGGGUGGAGACACGCUAGCGAGCUACGGGGUGUGAGGAGCCGACGCACCACAAUCCCCUUCCAACUGUGAGGCGUUAACUCCCUGUGCCCCUCUGCGCCCGGGCUGGGGGUCACCCCGGGAUCAUCCGGUGCAGCAACCCUGUUCUCUCCCUCCACACAGAAGACUGAGUCCACUGUGGGAAGAGGUGGAUUCCCCCAACAGAAGAAAGGCAGAGCAGAGCCUUAGUGCUCCCACUACAGUCUCAGUGCUUCCAUUAGAGACUCAGUGCUCUAAAGUCUUGUGCCCCCUAGCGUGCUUCCAGACAGGUCUCAGCACAGUCUCAAGCCCCCCGCUUUGGAGAAUGUAACACCCGUGCCCCCCCUCAAAGACGUUCGCGUGAGGAUCUACUCAACGAGGUAGAGAGGUCACCCUUACUUUCAAGAGGAUCCUGUUCUCAUCUUCCUUCCUCAAGAUCUGCCUUCCUGCCCCAACAAUGCCAGCCAAAACGCCCAUUUACCUGAAAUCCACCAACAGCAAAAAGGGCAAAAAAUGUCGCCUGCGGGACAUCCUGUCCCCGGACAUGAUCAGCCCCCCGCUCGGGGACUUCCGCCACACCGUCCACAUCGGGAAGGGCGGGGAGCGGGACGCGUUCGGGGACAUGUCCUUCCUGCAGGGGAAGUUCGAGCUCCUGCCCGGGAAGGAGAGGGUGCCCCCGCAGUACACGGCGCACAGCGAGUUCCUGCGAGCCAACAGCGCCUCCGACGCCUCCUUCACCGAGACCCCUUCGCCGGUGCUGAAGAACGCCAUCUCCCUCCCGGCCAUCGGGGGCUCGCAGGCCCUGACCCUGCCCCUCAUCUCCACCGUGGCGUUCCCCUCCAUCCCCGACCCUUUCGAUGCCGUGGAGCCGCCACCGCCCAGCCUCUCAGAGGAGACAGAGGAGCUGGAGCUCCUGCAGACGGACACCCUGCUGCUCUCCCUGGACAUCUUCAACUCCCACUCCCGUUCAUCCACACAGACCUCCAGCAAGCCCAGCUUCCUGCUGGAUGAGCUGGAGGAACUGAAGAAGCCAACUGAGAAAAAGAAGCCCUCUGAAAACGGAAAAGUUUGCAAUGGGGAGAACGGAUAUAACUCGCCUCCACCCUGCUACAGUAACGGUAGCAGUAACGGUAUUGUCCGCCAUGUGACCUCCACCAAGCCCUCUGAGUGCUACACAGGCUGGCUGGAGCGCGACAGCGUGGAGGACAGCCGCAUUUGUGACUUUGAGUUUGAGCUUUCGAAAGGAAAGAGCCUGUCACAGGACUCCAUAUCCAAAAUCACGGGGUCUCUGUUGUCACUCGAACUCGACCUGGGUCCCUCCAUCCUGGACGAUGUGUUGAACAUAAUGGACAGACCAAAGACAGGGGACAACCAAUGACUUUCUCUGAGGAGCAGAACAGAAAGGGAAGCUACAGGACAAAACAAAGUAAAAAAAAAAAGACUCAAGACUGAAAGAUCUACAGCAGGCUGACCUUCAUGUCCAGAUAAUUAUGUAAAAGGCAGAACUGUUUACGAGCUUGACUCUUGUUUUAAUAGCCAUGGCCUUUCUCUAAGCUUCAGUGGAGUGUUUUGCUUUUAUGUAGUUUUCUUCUGCUGUGACACUGGGCAUGCAAGAUGCAUGUGUUAUCAAAUACCGGCAACUACAACGUGGCCAUUGUGCCUUUAAAUCUGAGAUUAAAUGAAGAUUUAAGCCUGUGUUAGUGUACUCAGAAUCUCCCAAUAUUAGCAAAGGUACUCUCUUAGGUGUGUACUGGGGUUUUUUGUGCUUUGAAUUUGAGACACAGUCUGUUGCUUUCUUCCUCUUUAAUACAUAUAUAUUUAGAAUUUUCCCAUUUAUUCUUCAA